CAUCUUCCAGCUCUUAACUCAUCCCAGUUUUGCGACGUUGGAUCUAUAACAAUGGCACCCGUAAAGGUCUUUCUCACUGGUGCGACUGGAUAUAUUGGCGGGGAUGUUUUCUAUGCUGUAACCCAGGCCCAUCCUGACUGGGAGAUCUCUGUCCUGGUUCGCAACAAGGAGAAGGGAGAGAAGCUUGCCAGCGAGUAUCCAAACGUCAGAGUCGUCCAGGGUGACCUAGACUCAGCUGCCAUAAUAGAGGAGGAGACCAAGAACGCAAAUAUUGUGUUCCAUUGCGCUGAUUGCGACCACGUUGCAUCUGCUACUGCUAUUGCCAAAGGUGCCAGUCACCACACGCCUGAGAAGCCAUUGUGGUUGAUUCAUACGUCGGGCACUGGUAUCCUUACAGUUGAGGACUUUCGCACGAACACAUGGGGUCUUGAGAGAGCCAAGCAGCAUGAUGAUUGGGAUGGUGUUGACGAACUAUUGAACCUUCCCGACGACUCGCUGCACCGAAAUGUCGAUAAGAUCAUUAUUGAAGCGGGACGACGCGCCCCGGACGCUGUCAAAGUGGCCAUUGUCUGCCCUCCUACGAUCUACGGUCCUGGCCGGGGUCCCGGAAACCAGAAGAGCGUCCAAGCGUACUGGUUUGCCGCCGCCGUCCUUAAGAGAAAGAAGGGAUUCCUAGUUGGAGAAGGCAAGAAUGUCUGGCACCAGAUUCAUGUGCAGGAUUUGAGCGACCUCUACCGCCGCUUGGGAGACGCGGCAGCAGCCGGGGGUGGUAAGGCUACUUGGAAUGACAAGGGGUACUAUCUUGCGGAAAACGGCCCCUUCGUCUGGGGAGAUGUCCAAAGAGCGAUUGCGAAGGCUGCCUAUGAGAAAAAACUUAUCCCUUCGCCAGACGUCGAACCCAUAAGUGAUGAUGAGGUAAAGAAGCUUAAUGAAUUUGGGCUCUAUGCCUGGGGUAGCAGUUCAAGGGGCUGGUCUUACCGCGGGAAAAAGCUCUUGGGUUGGUCACCGAACAAACCUAGCUUGCUGGAGCUUAUUCCAUCCAUUGUUGAUAUUGAAGCCAAAGCGCAGGGGUUGGCCUGAAGCUUUUUGCACACAGGUAGCUAGCUUCUUUUUGUACUAAAUCGAUAUAAGAAGCAUAGUGA